AUGGUGGAAGCAAUGACUGACGCGCACGCGCCUCGCAAGAGGGGCCGGCCACGAAAUGCGACGGACGAUCAGCAAGCUCCCGAGAGACGUCGAAGGCAGCUUCGCGUCGCGCAACAAGCAUAUCGCAAGAGAAAAGAGACCACGAUCGUCAAUCUGCAAUCUCGCAUACGGGAACUCGAGUCGGGCAUCGAAGAGCUCAGCGAGUCGUUCCUUUCCUUCAGUAAUCUUCUGUUCGAGGCUGGGAUUCUUCAAAAUCAGCCUCGUGUCACAUCUGCUCUGCAAAAAAUUACACAGCAAUGCGUGUCGCUUGCCAAAAGGGGCUGCGACGAGGCCGGACAACCUGCAGCCCCGGCGGACGUAUCGCCAUCGACGUCUCCCACGCUUAGCGACACACAAGAUUUAAUCUCAAAUUACAAACCGCUCAUAACUCAACUUGAUUCAUUGCCAAUAAUCGGUGAUGUUUUCCAGUCCUCGCCGGACCUCGCGGCUCAAUGGCCUGGACUAUCACAACUACCCCCCACGCCACCCUUCCAAGAACAGGCAAUUCUGCCGUUCGGAAUAGCCUUGUCGUCUCCGAAUAUCCCCUUCUCAUCCAUCCCUAGUCCCGCCAUGAAUUUCCCGACCAUAGUAUCGCCCGACAAUCUCUUAAAGCAAGGGCGCUGGACACUCUCACACCUUCUAGUCCGACAAUGCUGCGAGACUGGAUACUAUCUAUUAACAAGCUUAUCUGGAGACGAUCCAAGGGUCAAAGCAAUCUUCGGCAAACGAUUGGCCAUCGACGAGCGCAACUGCUUGAUCUCCGGAUUCGUUGCCGUCAUGCACGACGAAAUAGGAGACACGAUCGAGUUGAGGACAAAAGUUCUCAAUUCAAGGAGGAACAGCUACUCGCCUGAACGACUCGCCGUUUCCUCUCGAACGUGGCAAAUUGUCAAUGAAUCGGGUGCUGAUGAGUGGAUGGAUGCUAGUGGUGUGCAAAGGCUGCUACAGCAGCGAGGGAUUCGUAUUCAGGACCCGAGCUCGGCCCUCUCCAGUCCCCGGUUCAAUUCAGCUCCGCAGCUCAACGCAGCGAGCUUCAUUAAAUAUCUUUCCCUCUGCCCUAUCUGUCUCGGUCGCGGACCAGCGUUCCGAAAGCGCGAUGUUGAGAAUGCCAUUCGCCUUGCAACUCUUGAUGAUCCUUGGGCGUUUAACCCUGUGUGCGAAACACCAUGA